GGCAUUUGGAACCCCGGGUUUCCAACCUGUUUAUUACAGUACCGUGGCAUGGAGCUUCCCAGGGACAGCGGCUUUCUCCUCCUCCCAAGGCUCUUAAUGUCCGACCUUGGUGGUUCAGCAGGCCGAGCGUCUCCUUCGCUCCCUUUCUUCUACUCUUCUCCCCGUUGAAGUCUUUUGGCCGUUGAGGUCCAGCUUUCUCUGACGGCCCGACGUCCUCUCGGCAUUAUCAACGACAACAGCCCUUGUCCCCACCGGGCCAACCACGCCUACAGGGCCCACGAUACGUCAGCCUCCAACUUGGCGCAUCCGAUCCUGUACACAGUCUUUUCGCUGAUGGACCUCCAAAUCCUCCGCCUCUCCUCCCCGUGUCCAAUUGCUCAUCUCGUGGCAUCUACUUGUUUCGUAAGACGAGCCCAGCUUGCGAGCUCAGCCUUGCAAAGCAGCCACGAUCAUGGCCCGGCCAUUAUCCUCGCUGGUGCCAAGGACGCGGCCCUCAGCAGUCAAAUCUGAUGACACCGCUGCGCUCCUCGAAGAAUUCAUGGGCUUCGUCGCAACCUUCUUCCAUGAUGCCACCUCGCCAGCUUCGCAGACAGCUCAUGCUGCUGUUACACGAGGCCGCACCACGGGCAGGCGCUGGUUCCACGCCCAGCGCCAACUAUCCGUGGAUCGGACCGCACCCGUCUCGCCGUCACAGAGCAACCUGCAGCAAAGGACGCCCCAAGCAACAUCCAGUCGGGCUCGUGGAUUCCACAACUACUUCGUCACCCACCUGCCUUCGUCCUCCCUCCACCCCGACUCGAGAGUCGCCAGUGGUCCGCACCACAAGCUUCCUCGUGCCGCCUCGACCCCGCACACCCCUGGGCCUGGCUCCUCGACUCCAGCGUCGCCGCCUAACAUGCUGUCCCGCGACCUGACCGUGGUGCGCAUACCAUUACGCAGUGCAAAGCACCACUUUGGCGCCUUCAGUGGCAGGGGCAGCCGUCCCUACAACGAGGACACGGACCAAGCCGGCACCAUCGAUCUACCGGCCUUCGCCAAGCGGGCGCCCAUGAGCUUGGUACGGAGUGAGAGGAGGAACAAUGCUGGCGAGGCGACAACUGCGGACAGUCCCUUCGGAGACCCUCAGAUCUUCUAUUUUGGCGUGUUUGACGGCCAUGGUGGCUCUCAGUGUGCCGAGUUCCUCAGGGACGAGUUGCAUGGCUACGUCGAGGAGGCUGCCAAGGACUUUGAGCUGAAAAGUAGUCUCAGGAAGAAGAGCAAGGCAGCCAAGGGAGCAUCAGGUGGAGCCGAUGGCCCAGAGCCGCUGAAGCCUCCCGGGGAAUCGAAAGAGGAGGCUUUGGAGGGCGUGGAUAUGAAGACUCCAGACGAGGUCAAGGCUCAGAUGCAGGAGACGCCUCCCGCAAAUGGGAAGCUGCCCACGGCCACAGGCCAGGAACCAGUCCCGGUGAAAGCGGAUCUUCCAAAGGCCAUUAAGCUUGAGAAGGAGCUACUCGACGAGUACAAGAGGACCAUCGGUGGCUACUUUAAGAGGUUCAGGCCCGCCCUGUUUGAUCCCGGCAGCUCGUCAGCCAUCAUCAACGCCGACCCCAAGGCCAAACCCGCCAGUCCAAAAGUCUCCAUAGAGUCGGUCUUGACCUACGCCUUUCUCCGCGCUGACCUCGACUUCGUCACCGCCCAGGCCCGCAAGCCUGACCCGGACGACCCUUACGUGAGCGACAACCAACCGCUCAACCAGGACGAGGUGCUUGGGUCCUCACCGCACGCCGCGCCCUCGGGUCACAAGAUCGGCGGGCCCACGCGCUUCAAGGGCGGCAGCACCGCGUCCAUCGCCCUCAUCUCGACGCCCACGCCGGCACCGUACUGGCACCCAGCGACGCACAGCACCAUCGUGGUCGCACAUGUCGGCGACACGCGCAUCCUGCUGUGCGAGACGGCCACGGGGCUGGCGGUGCCGCUGACCAGCGACCACCACCCAUCCAGCCCGACGGAGAGCCGGAGGCUGGCCCGGUUCGCCGAGUCGGUGACGGACAGCUUCGGCGAGGAGCGGAUAGGUGGCCUGGCCAACAGCAGGUCGUUCGGCGACAUGCAGUCGAAGCGGGUCGGGGUCAGCGCCGAGCCAGAACUAACGCGCCUCGACCUGGGCCCGGCCCAGUACUCGUUCCUCGUCCUCAUGAGCGACGGCGUCAGCGGCACGCUGAGCGACCAGGAGAUAGUGGAUGUGAUCAAGGAAGCCAAGACUCCCGAGCAGGGGGCCAAGAGCGUCGUCGAGUACGCCAACGAGGUGAGCCACAACGGCGACAACGCCACCUGCCUCGUGGUGCGCCUCGGCGGCUGGGAGAGGAGGAGUGAGGGCGGCUUGGGCAGCCUCGGGACUAAGGAGAUGCGUGAUGCUAGGAGGGCGGAGGCUCUCGACCCAAGGAGGGGCAGGAGGUGAAGACAGACAAGCGGUAGAUACUCAAGUCGCGGGAUAAGCGUGGUAGAAGGCUGCGUGGCUUGUUGAACUAUGAGAUACCCAACAAGAAGGAGAUGGGAGCUAUGCUGGCGAUGCACUCGUACAUAGGGCAUUUAUUCACACAAACACAAGGUGCAUUUGAAUAUACUUUUCACGUGGCUAUGCUGCAA